AUGUCCUCUUCAGCCAAGCCCACACGAUGGGCGACCCAACGCGCAGACCGGAUCCACGCCGAGCUCAACGCCGGCCUCGACGUAUGGACGCUCUUCAACCCGGUCGUCUUUCCCACUGCCAUCAACCUCGGUCAGGGGUUCAUGAACUGGCAACCUCCCUCGUACAUCCUCGAUACGCUCACCAAGGAGAUGGCAUCGCGUGUCGACCUGCAUCACUACUCGCAUCCCAAGGGUCGACCUCGUUUGCGCGAGGCGAUCAGCGAGUUUUACUCUCCCGAAUUCCGCCUACCCUCUGGUGAGGCGGAGGCGGAGGGAGAGGGAAAAGUGGGCGAGCAGAGACAGGCAAGUGGGCGAAAGCUCAACAUCGAAACCGAAGUGCAGAUCACUUCCGGCGCCAAUGGCGGGAUAUACAGCGUCAUGGGUGCAUUCAUCAACGAUGGCGACGGAGUCGUAUGCAUCGAGCCAUUCUUCGAUCAGUACAACGCCGAAAUUCUGUUCCACGGCGGCAAGCCGCUUUACGUGCCCCUCCUACCUCCCUCGGGCGGUGGAAAGCACGAUUCGAACGAUUGGACGCUGGACAUGACCCAUCUGGAAUCCGUCCUCUCGCAAUCGUCCACCAAAGCGCUCAUCCUCAACACGCCACACAAUCCCGUCGGCAAGGUGUUCUCCCCCACCGAACUCGGAGAGAUCGCCCGCCUGUGCGUGAAGCACGACAUCCUCGUAGUAGCCGACGAAGUGUACGACUGUCUCACCUUUGACGGACACACCCACACACGGAUUGCAUCGUUCACCGGCAUGUGGGAUCGAACGCUCACCGUCGGCUCUGCCGGCAAGUCGUUUGCCUGCACAGGUUGGCGAGUGGGCUGGCUCAUCGGUCCGAAUCACCUCGUUGGACCCGCGCGCGCGGUGCACACCCGAAUCACGUUCGCCGUCAACUCGUCUGCCCAGGAGGGCGCCGCGAUAGGCCUCGAGGCUGCCACGAAGGAGAAGUUUUUCGAAACGCAGAUCGAUCAGUAUGCGCAACGACGGCAGCUGCUCGUGGAUGCAUUGGAUGCGAUUGGGCUGGAUUACACCGUGCCGCAUGGUGGAUACUUUGUUAUGGCCGACGCGAGCAAGAUCCAGAUCCCCGAUGGUUGGGUGAAGGAGAACGACGUGCCACAAGGGAUUUUGCAGAAGGAGGAAGACUAUCUCAAGGCGUGGUUCAUCGCCAAGGUCUGCGAUGUAGUGGUGAUCCCAGCGACGGCAUUCUACUCGGACAAGGGCGGUGCAGAGGUCGGGAAGAAUUACGUCCGGUUCAGCUUCUGUAAAGAUGACCAGAUCGAGCAGGCUGCACCGCGGUUGAAGAAGCUCGUGCCUUUCUUGAAGAAGGACUAG